UUAUGACCCGAUUCUUAGCCCAGCCCGGUGCAGGUUUAUCCGUUAGCUAACCGCUCUCAGUCUCAGCGCUCGCUAGGCCGCUCUCUUUGUCCACUCUGCAAUGGCGGCAAUGACAGCUUCAGCUUCGUUCUCUCCCCUUCACCCCUGCAAUUCUGCUGGGUGGAAUCCUCUCCUGAACCCUCCAUUGAAGACUAACGCCUCCACGACGAGCUUCAAGCGUCUCGAUAGAAGAAAACCUGGCCGCAGCCUUCAACCAGCAAGAUGCAGCAUGAUCCAUGCUGGAUUCACGGGUUCUUGCAAUGAACUAUCCUUGCAAAGCCUAACUACUUCACUGGAUCCACCUGAUGCAACGAACAUCGUUCAAAAUCUUGGAACUGACUUCCAUUUGAUCCAGAGAUUAGCAGUCGCUGAUAUUGACCCUGCUACGGCAAAGCUUGCUAUCGGGAUCCUGGGCCCCUUCCUCUCGGCCUUUGCCUUUCUAUUUAUACUGAGGAUAGUAAUGUCAUGGUACCCCAAGCUUCCUGUGGGCAAGUUCCCCUACGUGAUUGCAUAUGCUCCCACAGAGCCCCUGCUCAUCCCGACGAGGAAGCUGAUCCCUCCCCUUGGAGGAGUCGAUGUCACUCCUGUCGUGUGGUUCGGGCUGAUCAGUUUCCUAAAUGAAAUCUUAGUGGGGCCACAAGGGCUCCUCGUGCUUCUCUCUCAGCAGAUUAGCUCGUAAAACUUUGUCUGAGAACACUACGCAUUCGUGUUCUUGAAGGACGGCGUUUCUAGAUUUUCCUCUUUGCGCUAGGAAAUCCUCUUGGACAUGUUCUCUGUCUGCAGAAGAGCACACUGAUUCAAGGAAUCAUACCAUUUCCAUAUAGAGAAAUACUUCUGAUUGCAAAACUUGAUUUUGCUGUCGAGCUCUAAGAUUUGUAUACCAUAUGUAAUCUGUUCGGCUC